CACAGGCCAGUGGAGGAAUCCAGCAAUCAAUGUGAUACAUGAGGCUGCUGAUCAUGUGCUCUGGCUUUUCAAAUGAUACACCUGAGCUCCCUUUACUUAUACCUGUGGUUCUACUCUGCUGCCUCCAAUGUAGAUCAAAUCCAGAGCGAGCUGAGCCUCUCCAAAAUGGAGUGCGCAGGUACCUCCAGCUCCCAUCUGACCGAACUGUGCUGAUAGUCCAUGCAAAAGUUGCUCAGAAAUCGUAUGGCAGUGAAAAGAGGUUUUUCUGCCCUCCACCUUGCGUUUACCUGACUGGACCAGGAUGGAAGUUGAAGAAGGAGGACAUGAAAGGCAAAGAUCCAACAGAUUUGAAUUCCAAAGUAUGUGGCUAUAUAGGACUCGAUGGCACAAGCGGCAGCCACGUGGAGACCCAGAAGCUAAACUUUGAGGAGCAGCUAGAUUCCAAGGUGUUCAGCUGUGCCAAAGCUCUGUACAUUUCAGACUCAGACAAGAGGAAGCACUUCCGGCUGGUCGUCAAGCUCUUCUUCAGCAACGGGCUGGAGAUCGGCACAUUCCACAGCAAGCUGAUCAAAGUGAUCUCCAAGCCCUCCCAGAAGAAGCAAUCCCUGAAGAAUACGGACUUGUGCAUUCCGUCCGGGUCCAAGGUCUCCCUCUUCAACCGCCUGCGCUCCCAGACUGUCAGCACCCGGUAUCUUUCGUUUGAGGGUGGCGCCUUCACAGCAAGUGCCAGGCAGUGGGCAGCCUUUACACUUCAUCUGGCGGGUGAGUCCCAGGGUGAGUUCCCCCUGCGAGAAGGAUACAUUCACUAUGGUUCCACCAUUCGCCUCAUCUGUACAGCCACCGGCAUGGCCCUGCCCCCUCUGAUCAUUCGGAAAGUUGCUAAGCAAUCAGUGAUGUUGGAUGUGAAUGAACCUGUCUCCCAGCUGCAUAAAUGUGCAUUCCAGCUGCAUGGCACUGACCGGAUGUACCUCAGCCUAUCCACAGAGAAAGUGGUCCAGUUCCAGGCAUCACCAUGUCCGAAGGAAGUGAACCGGGAGCUGCUGAACGACAGCUCUUGCUGGACCAUCAUUGGGACGGAAACAGCAGAAUACACAUUCAGUGACUGCCUCACUGGCAUUCAGGAUCCUGUGAGCCCGGUCCCUCUCAUCACGGCUCUGGAGCUGGCAGGUGGAGGGGACGUGGCGAUGCUAGAAGUGCAGGGCGAGUACUUGCAUGCAAACCUGAAGGUUUGGUUUGGAGAUGUGGAAGCUGAGACCAUGUACAGGAGUCCCAAGGCUUUAGUAUGUGUUGUUCCUGAUAUCUCUGCAUUCAGCCGUGACUGGAGGUGGCUGAGAUACCCCAUCACUGUCCCUCUCCUACUGUUAAGGAAUGACGGCCUGAUUUAUUCCAGCACUUUCAGUUUCACAUACACACCCGAGCAGAGUUUCUUCACUGGGCAACCAAUCCUGCCAAAGGUGAUGCAGGAUUCCGACACCUUGCUUGAUACCAUCCAUCAGGAGUUCACAAAGACCAACUUUCACCUCUUCAUGCAAAGUUAGAGAUGGUGCUCUGUGUUUGCCAGGAUUCAACAGGAGUGCAGAGGACAAGGGGAUGCACAGAGCAAAAGAUUUGGCUUCCUGUGAAUCUUAGCUUUAAUUCUCAUGUCUUAUUUAGGCCUGGGCGAUAUCUGGUUUUCAACGUCAUGAUAUAUCACCAGAU